UUUCCUUCUUGAGGGAGAGCCCUUCAAAACCAUUGGUAGUUUCACUUUUUUAGUAAACAGGGUGCCUCAGCUAUCCUUCGGGCCAUUUAUUGGCAUGCUUAGUUUGUGUGGUGCUUUGCAGCAACUUGUUGGAAUGCAUUCUUGGGAUCUCAUACAUUGGUGCGGUUUUGCUUAUUAUCAGAUCUAAAGCCUGAAGCGCAGGGGGGCUGGAAGAUUAAUUUUGACUUGAAGAGUUUCAUGUGGUUUACCUCCCAUGGAUUUAGAGGAAGACCUUGUGCCACAUUUUAGAGAGGAUGCAUGUGUCGCUAUUCAUGGAUUGAUUGCAGAUGCUCUAUAUAGGUGCUCGAGACAGAGCGAUGCGACUCAAAUUGCUGUGAGGAUUUGGACAUUGCCUCCCACUACGCUGUCUUUGUCUCCGAUCUUUAUAUUCUCGGUGGCCCAUUCUGGACCCGGUAUUAAGGCUUCUGAGUUUCGCAAUUGUUUCCCUCAGUUUACCAAGUCAUGCUAUUCUACUCCAUCCACUCAAUGUGGUCUUCGAUGGGGUGGUGUUGUGCGAAUACUAACGGCAGACACUGGAGAGAAAUCUUUGUGUCAUUACGAGAUACUGGUGCGAUCAGACAACGGAUCUGAAAUUGUUCAGCUUCCGCAUGCAGAAGUUGACACGGAGUUUGUUAGCGGAGUUGUGAGCGAGAUAAUUGUUACGGGCUGCGUUCAUGAAUUGGUCGAUUUUGCUAGAUCUAUCUGCGAUAAGACACCCAUGCUUAUGCUGAAGAACGUAACCCUUGACUUUUUCCUACAAAGCACAUUUAUAGAUGACAUUGGGCACCAUGUGAAAGGACUUCGUAUGUGUGAUGGCAAUACAUCGUUGGAAAUUUUUUCAGCAGAGGAGAUGCUCUGCUUUGGAGCUAUUCAGUAUCUAAGUUGCUGUAGAUGUGGAUUUCCUGAAGGAUCCCCUGCAGACCUGCGUUUUCGAGAGACUGUGCAAGUUGGAGUAGGUCACGCUGGAUCGACGGAUGCAAAAUGGAGACUUGACGCUUGCAUUGCCCUCAUUGAUGUCACUAUGGCUGAUGAAAUAUUUGAUACUAUUGAUUCUCGAACAUCAGUGGUUAUAUACUUCGAAGAUGGCUGCUACACACCGACUCCUGAAUCAGUUCUUAAAGGCUUGGGCAGAGUGGAGUGGACCAAGUUUGGUCUGCAAGUCAAGGAAUUUCAGGUAGCUGACUCAGGAGAAGCAAUCAUACAGUUCGAUGAACCAAGAAGAAUUUCAGCAAUGUUUAUGGUCUUGCACCUCCAUCAGAAUUUAGGAAUUUUACGAAGAUCACACUCACCAGUCGGGGGAAGAAUGGUGAAGGUUGCAGCGGAGGCCUGCAUGAAUGAACUGAAAGCCAAAUACCCUGAGCAUUUUCAGAGUGAAAAUGCAACGCAAAUGCGGCGUAUUGCGACUGAUGUCGCUGAGUGCAUCGCCAAUAUGAUCACCUCAUCCACAAAUGACACAUUUCGACAGGAAUGUGCAUCGAUCCUGCAACUGCCAAUCCAUAGUUUGGAUGAGGUCGAAAGUUUUAUGCGUUCAAGGAUGUUUGACAUUAUCCAGCAACAUGAUGGGUGCACGAAGCGAACUCGAACAGGAAAAACCAUUGAGCACUUCACACUUGAACCUGAACUUACCGAAGCGGACGAGGGGUUCCUGUUCUACGACCAUGAAGACCAAGAGUUUGUGUAAUAUUCUUGAAAACUCAGUUUUCUAACACCCCAAACUGUUGAUUUAAAAACCUCCAGCUAAUCAAUGUCUGAUAGUGAUCCAAUCAUAUAGCUACACAAACAUAGAACCAGUGUCAUUAACCUGUCCUUCAUUGAUAAGUUGCAAAUUACGUUGACACUAUUUGUAACUUUCGAAAUUUGCAAUCUUGGAAAGCUUCAAAUAAAUAAAUAAAAUAACAGUCUUCACAUCU